AUGCACGUGGAUCAACCCUUCACCACUCCAAUCAACCCGUGUUCGUCCAAACCCCAGUCGCAUUCGGAAUUCCUUCUUCAAGCUGCUUGGGACAACAACGCCAGCGUGUUAGAUGAAAAUGGCAAGCCGCUCCGAAGAGAAGACUAUGCCAAGCUCAAGUUGUGCAGACUCAGCGAAGUGAUUGUUUUCGGUAGCAAGGAGAGCUACGCAGUUUCGGAGCACAGUGUCCUGAUUCGGUUGCCAAGUGCAACCGCGAAACGAAGUGCUCGCCACAAGCAAAAUGUCCUAAGGUGGUGUGUGAAUAUCUUAGGAAGUGUGCCCUGGAACUUAUGGGGGAUCAAGAAAAAGCUGCUGAAACCAAUUGCGCUGCCAACAUUGCGGCAUCAGCUGCAAUGGGGGAUUCAAGAUGAAGGAGACCGACCAACAAUGGCUGCAACACAUUUCCAAACGGAGUACAUGACGGUGCUCCACCUCGCGCGCGACGAGAAUGGAAUAACUUGGCGAAUAACAUGGGCGGACCGAGAUUUUCGAGAAAGUGACGAUUUUAUGAGCUUACGGCAUGGGAACGCGUCGUAG